AUGGCUGUAAUGGCAUCUGAACCAGCCAAUGUGAAUGAGUUCCAGGAACUGGCAAGGCAAGCCCUUCCAAAGAUUUCUGAUUUCAGCUUUUGUCUGUACCAGGAGAGGUCGCGACAGCCCGAGCAGCAGCUUCACAUCAUGGAUAAGGGCUCACGCCUUGAAGCCAUUGCAACGGGGAUGCUCGAUGCUUCUCUGUCUUGGAAGGUGGUUCGUGCUGUUGGAGGAAAAAAUCAUGUUCUCUUUGAUGGAGGAGUGAGGCGGGGUACUGAUAUUUCCAAGGUUGGAAGGCCAGUGAUCUAUGGAUUGGCAGCAAAGGGAGAAUAUGGGGUGCGACGAGUGAUUGAAAUGCUGAAGGAUGAGUUGGAGCUCACCAUAGCCCUGUCUGGCUGCCCUACCGUGAACGAUAUCAUCAAAAGUCUUGUGAGGACAGAACUUGACGGACUCAAUUGUUGGCUUUAGUUUUCAAAUCACGUAUUUGAGUCGGUUUCAUUAUGGAUGAUUAAGAUUAACCAUCAUGCAUUAUAUUAUUUGCUAGAAUUCUCUCCAUUUUUUCUAUUUUGAUAUUAUUUACCGUUUACAUGUGUUCAUACUUAUGUAGUUCUGUGAUGAUUGUGUUCUUACAUUGAGAAUGUAAAGAAGUUUUGACAAAUACCUAGUUAUUUUCUUCUAA